UAUGCGCGCUACUGAGUGUGUCUGGCUGGGUUAGUAGGGUUGGCUGGGGCGGGCAGUAAAUAAAGGGUGGGGCCAAAAGGGGAGGAGGGAAAGCAGGACUGAGAAACAAGCAAAAGCCGGGGUUCUAUCACAGUAAACCUGCUGGAGCUCAUCCUGCCUGGUCUGAGCGCUGCACCAAUUCACCCAGUUCCCUGUCUCCUUGGGUGUCAUCUUCCCCCUUUUUCUCUCUUCCUCACUGCACCCUGAACCCUCUCCCCACUCCCCCACCCAUCACUUCUGCAUCUGACCAGAGGACGAAUGAGUGAGACGUUACAGCAAACCGAGGUAGCAACUUUCCUCAGCUGGUCUCUGGGCUCCAGGAGCAGAAUCCUGCCGAUUCUUGGAGGUAUGCAGCCCAUGGAGGAGGAGGAGGACGAGCAGUGAUGGGCUAACGACCGGUGCAAGAAGCCCCAAGCAGCUCGCUCUAGGAAGCCCGCUUCACGUCCCCACGCUUGUUCCCUCCACCUCGCUCUCCUGAGAGCAGAGAGCGCGCGGUGUGCAGACUCGGAGCAUUCCGGGAGGAUGAGGCGGGGACCCAGCCCAAGUUGGGUGCAUCUUGCGGGCGUGAGGCCACAACUGGGUUUCGGCAUGAAUUAAGAAGCUUGAAAGAUGGAGCGCAGCACAGUCCUUAUCCAACCCGGGCUCUGGACCAGGGACACCAGCUGGACACUCCUCUAUUUCCUGUGCUACAUCCUCCCUCAGACCUCCCCUCAAGUGCUCAGGAUCGGAGGGAUUUUUGAAACUGUGGAAAAUGAACCUGUUAAUGUUGAAGAAUUAGCUUUCAAGUUUGCAGUCACCAGUAUUAACCGAAACCGAACCUUGAUGCCCAAUACCACAUUAACCUAUGACAUCCAGAGAAUUAAUCUUUUUGAUAGUUUUGAAGCCUCCCGAAGAGCAUGCGACCAGCUGGCUCUCGGGGUGGCCGCACUCUUCGGCCCUUCCCACAGCUCCUCCGUCAGUGCUGUACAGUCUAUUUGCAAUGCUCUGGAAGUUCCACACAUUCAGACUCGCUGGAAACACCCUUCCGUGGACAGCAGAGACCUAUUUUAUAUCAACCUCUACCCGGACUAUGCGGCUAUCAGCAGGGCGGUCCUGGAUUUGGUCCUCUAUUACAACUGGAAAACAGUGACGGUGGUGUAUGAAGACAGCACAGGUCUAAUUCGUCUGCAAGAGCUCAUCAAAGCUCCCUCCAGAUACAACAUUAAAAUCAAAAUCCGCCAGCUUCCCCCUGCGAAUAAAGACGCCAAACCUCUGCUCAAGGAGAUGAAGAAAAGCAAAGAGUUCUAUGUGAUAUUUGAUUGUUCGCACGAAACAGCUGCGGAAAUUCUUAAGCAGAUUUUGUUCAUGGGCAUGAUGACUGAAUAUUAUCACUACUUCUUCACAACCCUGGACUUGUUUGCUUUAGAUCUGGAACUCUAUAGGUACAGCGGUGUAAAUAUGACUGGAUUUCGGUUGCUGAAUAUUGACAACCCUCACGUGUCAUCCAUCAUUGAGAAGUGGUCCAUGGAGAGGUUGCAGGCCCCGCCCAGACCCGAGACUGGUCUUCUGGAUGGCAUGAUGACAACUGAAGCAGCGCUGAUGUACGAUGCUGUGUACAUGGUAGCCAUUGCGUCCCACCGUGCCUCUCAGCUGACCGUCAGCUCCCUGCAGUGCCAUCGACAUAAGCCAUGGCGCCUUGGACCCAGAUUUAUGAACCUCAUCAAAGAGGCUCGGUGGGACGGCUUGACUGGGCGGAUCACCUUCAAUAAGACCGAUGGCUUGAGAAAGGAUUUUGACCUGGACAUUAUCAGUCUCAAAGAGGAAGGAACUGAAAAGGCCUCUGGUGAAGUGUCUAAACACUUGUAUAAAGUGUGGAAGAAGAUUGGGAUUUGGAACUCCAACAGUGGGCUGAACAUGACGGAUGGCAACAGAGACAGGUCCAACAAUAUCACGGACUCGCUGGCUAACCGCACACUCAUUGUCACCACUAUUCUGGAAGAGCCCUACGUGAUGUACAGGAAAUCCGAUAAGCCCUUGUAUGGAAACGACAGGUUUGAAGGAUAUUGCCUGGAUCUGCUGAAAGAACUGUCCAAUAUCCUGGGUUUUCUUUACGAUGUUAAACUGGUUCCUGAUGGCAAAUAUGGAGCACAGAAUGACAAAGGGGAAUGGAAUGGGAUGGUAAAAGAACUCAUCGACCACAGAGCUGACCUGGCAGUGGCCCCUCUCACCAUCACAUACGUACGGGAGAAAGUCAUUGACUUCUCCAAGCCCUUCAUGACCCUGGGCAUUAGCAUCCUUUACCGGAAGCCCAAUGGAACCAACCCGGGUGUCUUCUCCUUCCUCAACCCCCUAUCUCCGGACAUUUGGAUGUACGUGCUGCUCGCCUGCCUAGGAGUCAGUUGUGUACUGUUUGUGAUUGCGAGGUUCACACCCUACGAGUGGUAUAACCCCCACCCAUGCAACCCCGACUCAGACGUGGUGGAAAACAAUUUCACUUUGCUAAAUAGUUUCUGGUUUGGAGUUGGAGCUCUCAUGCAGCAAGGAUCAGAGCUGAUGCCCAAGGCUCUAUCGACCAGAAUAGUUGGAGGAAUAUGGUGGUUUUUCACCCUAAUCAUCAUUUCAUCCUACACGGCCAACCUGGCUGCCUUCUUGACGGUAGAAAGAAUGGAAUCCCCCAUCGAUUCCGCAGACGAUCUGGCCAAACAAACCAAGAUAGAAUAUGGGGCAGUCAGAGAUGGCUCGACGAUGACCUUCUUCAAGAAAUCAAAGAUCUCCACCUAUGAGAAAAUGUGGGCUUUCAUGAGCAGUAGACAGCAGAGCGCACUGGUUAAAAACAGUGACGAGGGGAUCCAAAGGGUGCUCACCACCGACUACGCACUGCUGAUGGAGUCCACCAGCAUUGAGUAUGUGACGCAGAGGAACUGCAACCUCACUCAGAUCGGGGGCCUCAUAGACUCCAAAGGCUAUGGAGUGGGGACGCCUAUCGGCUCCCCUUACCGGGAUAAAAUUACGAUUGCCAUUCUUCAACUGCAAGAAGAAGGGAAGCUUCAUAUGAUGAAAGAGAAGUGGUGGAGGGGGAAUGGCUGCCCUGAAGAAGACAGUAAGGAAGCCAGUGCUCUGGGAGUGGAAAAUAUCGGCGGCAUCUUCAUUGUUCUGGCUGCAGGACUCGUGCUUUCUGUGUUUGUAGCCAUUGGAGAAUUUUUAUACAAAUCACGGAAGAACAAUGACGUUGAGCAGGCUUUUUGUUUCUUUUAUGGACUGCAGUGUAAACAAACCCAUCCGACCAACUCCACUUCCGGGACUACUUUAUCUACAGAUGUAGAGUGUGGCAAAUUAUUACGAGAGGAAAAGGGGAUUCGGACACAGUCCUCAGUCCAUACUGUAUAACUUGGAUUUUUUUAAAAAGUUGUUUCCGGUAGAAUUGCUUGUAAUGAGUGUUGUUUGUGCCUGCAUCUAUUAAACUGAAGUAGCCAGUCUGCCCUUUUCCUUAUACAAGCAAAACGUACACACACUACUCCAGGCUCUCAGGUCAGACGGCUGGAACAUCCAUGCAAUACAUACUGACUGAUUCAGGGCUUUUAUAAGAGGAAUGUAUAUAUAGCAAACUAUUCUGUCCAAAACUGUCUUUUUGUGCUCUCUUUAUGCAUUAAAAAUAAAUGACAUUUUCUUCAUAAGCAAAAAAUUGAGACAUAUAACAGGGCAACGCAAGGGAAAAUGCUAGUUCCAGGAACUUCUUUGUAUUUUUGUGAACUUUCCCCCUCUACUUUUUCUCUCCCUGUCUCGUGUGUUCUUUAGACCUACAUAUUUCAAACUUUCUAUAGCUAUGUCAUUUCAACAAGUAUGCUAGUAACUCUAUUAACAUUGUUAAUGUUUAAAUAAAUUGGUCCCAAGAUUUUAAAUGCAUUAUUUACCCAAAACCUCAAAGGUGUCUUGGCUCUUACAGAUUCAGAAACCAACACUGAAAGAAUAAUGGUUGAACUUGAAUUUGAGGGGAGAUGACCUAACCUGAGCCUUUCUCAGGGAUGUGAGGCACAGUCAAAAAUGAUUUCUGGACAAGAACUCAGCAACAUCAGGCUUUCAAAGAGCAGUUAGCAGUCAUGUGUAGGUGUAGAGCCCCUGAGAACCUGAUUAGUUUCAAACCAUGUACUGUUUCCUAGAAUUACGAACUAAUUCAUGACAUCUUUCAUUUGCUGCUCACCUGCACUCACCCUGUGCAAUGAUGAGAAUCUUCCCACACGUUCGUGCACUUUCUUCCCACUCGCCUAAGAUAGAGUAGUUCUUCUUAACUCAUCUUUCCUGAGCCUUGCCAAGUUCACACUCAUUUCCCUAGACUCGUCACUCAUUAUUAGUGCAUCCUAAGUGUGCCAUGGGGACAGACAAGGUGGAGAAAAUAAAUACCAGAGACAAUUUCCAGACGCAUUAGUCACAGGUCUCUGCAGAUUUAUUUUCUACCUGCAUUCAAAGUGAAUAAUUCUCACACCAACUCGGCUUAGUGACACAGAAAGCCAAUGGCAUGCUUGAUUUGGUGUGACAGAAAGUGCCUGCUGUUUGCACUUGCUCCCUCCCCUUGGUAGAAAGCAGGGAAAUUGAGCUGCCUCUUGUCUCAGUUCAAUAUGGGAUCAGUUGGUCUUUGCUCUCUGUCAGAAAAUUACCUCUUGACUUACCAAGUGAUCCCCUAGAAUACAUUCCAGAGAAGGAGGUUUCUGGCAUCUGGACAAUCACGCGCAUGACCUUCCUGCUUAGCUUUGAAUGGGUUCUGGGAUCUUUGUCACAGCUCUUUCCAAUCAACUUUAUAUUUCCUUGGUAAAGCAUGAUCAGAAAAUUUGACUUCUGCACUGAUUGCUUCUCAGCCUUGUUCUUUAAAUAAAUUAGCUCUUUAUGAAAAUACCUAAAAAUUACAUUACUAUUUAUUUACUGUUAUUAAAGUGGGGAAAGACUACUGUGUGUCUCUGAUCAGAAUUCACAUUUUCGGGAUCAAUAGAAUCAGAUUACCAGGUGGGAUAAAAGCUACACCAGUCUCAGUUUCAUGACUUAUUGAUUCAGCGGACAGAAUCCAUGAGGUGCUUAAGUUUAUUUCCCAAAAUCUAUUUAAUACACCAAAGUGGCUAUAAAAUUUUCUGAGUGACUGAUGAUACAGAAAAUUCAAGCUGGCAAAGGCGAGCAAACUUCACCUUGCUGCAUAGACCAUUCUUAAGUUUGAUUCAGAGAUGAGCAAAGAAGUAAUUUCCUUCCAAAGUUAACAUUAGGAGGGCUUGGGACAUAGCUCAUUUAGAGACUGCUUACCUAGCUCACAAGGAGCUUGAGUGGUGCUUCCCAGUCCCAGUUAUGCACUAAACCAUGUACAGUCACACAAGACUGUAAUCCCAACCCUCAAGAGUUAAAGGCAGAAGGAUUAGAAAAUCAGGAUCAAUUACAUACUGAGUUUAAAGGAAGUCUGGACUACUUACUGGACACUUGUCCCAAAAAUUUUUAGAUAAAUAAAUAAAUGACAUUUUGUUUUAGACUGUAUGCUAUCUAACUCUGACAUUUAUCUAGUAUUUUAUAGUUUUCAAAACGUUUACACACACACACACAUCACAUCACAUUUGAUUCUUUCAGCAAUUUUAACUCAGCUUUAUUAUCAGAAGUAACAGAAAUUAGAGUCCAGACCCUUGAGUCAUGAGAAUAGGUUUAAGAGAAAAUUUUAUAAAUUAUCCAAACUCAGGUUCAAGCACAGCCUCAUUUGGAAUCACUGCAUGGAAUCACUACGUUUCAGUUUCUAAAUAUUUUCUAGCUUCAGUUUUCUAACAUCUAACACCAGGAGGUCAUUUUCUAGAAUACAAGGUUGCUUUGAAGAAAAUUUUUCCAAAGUAAGUGCCACUGGCAAGCACUUAAUGAAGUUUUCAUGGAGUUUCAGAGGGAACCAAGUUCAACACUCCCUUACCACAUGGUAUCUUAGACAUUUAAUAUGUUGCUGUGAUGGAGAAUUUCCAACCUAUUCAGUAUCUCUCAUUAGGUCAUAGUGUCUUUUCUAUAAAGCAACUGGCAAGACCUGUGUCCCCCAUAUAAUAAUCUACAUCUACCAUGAGAACUAAAUGAAAUCGCAUCAUGGCAUGGAACAUAAAACUACUUCAGUCUUGAUAACAAAUAGAGAUCAAAAAAUAUGGCCUCCUAUAGAAAAAUUAAAUAUUUCUUUCUGAUCACAUGAGAAAAUGAAUUCAGCAUCUUAAAACAUACAUAGAUUUAGAAAAUGAGAUUGUGAAUAUUAAGUUCAAACACUGUCCAAUUUUCCCUGAGCAUCUGUUAAAAUGAAUGAAUGGCAAAGUCACUAUACUCAAGGGAAGAGCCUGCAUCAGGAAGCUAUGAGGAUGAAUAGGGGUAGCUUUGGGCAGGUCUCUUCAGACAGUUAAAUCUAAUGUGAAGUUAGGGAAAGGCAGUUAUAAUCGUUUGAGACAUUCAGUUGAUUCUAAUAGUCAGGAAGAGUUAUGAUUCACUAAUCCAAGCAGUACUUUAAGUGUGAAAUUGGAUCCCAAUUAAUCAUUACUUUGUAUGAAUCGACUCAAACCAAAAAUAGAGCUACUAAUUCUAAGUGAUAUAUGAUAGAUGGUUAGAUAAAUAGAUACAUACAUACAUAUAUACAUACAUGCAUACAUACAAAGACAGACAGAUAGAUGAUAAAUAGAUACAUAGAUGAAUAGAUAGAUACAUAGAUAGACAGAUAGACAGAUACAUAGACACACAGAUAGAUACAUAGAUACAUAAAUAGAUAGAUACAUAGAUACAUACAUAGAUACAUAGAUACAUACAUAGAUAGAUACAGAUGGAUACAUAGAUAGACAGAUACAUAGAUAGAUGAUAGAUAAAUAGAAAAGUUACCUUGAACAUAGCAGUUUUGUCAGGUUAAAUGGUGAGCAUACAUACAUACACAGAUAGAUAGAUAGAUACAUACAUACAUACAUAUAUACAUAGACAGACAGACAGAUAGAUACAUAGAUAGAUACAUAGAUAAAGAGACAGACAGAUUUAGCAUCUGAUAUACAAUGUGUAUUUUUAAGACAGAAACUUCAUGAUAUUGAUAAUCUCAUGGUAAAACAUAUUGGUAAAACAUAGAUCUAUUCCUACUCAAAAUGAUCAAGUAAGUAGUUUGUUGCUGCCUGGGGCCUUUGUAGAUAUUUUUUCUACUUCUCUUCUUUUUCUAACAACCAGUUCUUGUUGCCAUGGCAAUGGCUACUGAGACCACAUUGACCUCUGCAGGGUCCAUUGCGUUUCAAGUGAAAUUUAGAACAAAAACCACCAGAUCGCAUUUGCAUCAUUAGUUCAGAGAAUUUAGUAUAAAUCACAAUCAUCAGGAGGAGAGAUUUGCAUUCCCCUCCAGCUCCAUAUGCUCACUUGGGGGACACAGCCAGGAGUCAGCAUGUGUCAUCGAGCCUAAAAAAGAAUAUUUAAAAUUUGUUGUGUGCAUUAGUCUCCACUAAAGUUACCUUGGAUAUAUUAAUUUUCUCCAAAAUCCAGUCAUACAUGUGAAUCGUGAACUGUCUUGAAUGCUAAAGAUGGUUUGAUAGUUUUUUUUACAUAUAUUUAUUUCACAAUAAUCCUGAAUACAGUUGCUUUAGUUUAAAGCACUUGGGGAAAAUGGGCUUUUAUUAAAAAAGAAAAGAAAAAAGAAAGAAAGAAAAGUUACCUUGAACAUAGCAGUUUUGUCAGGUUAAAUGGUGAGCAUCAAUUUCUAUAACACAGUAGCAGGUUGUGAGUUAUAUUUUUAAAAUACUGCUUAAAGUCAAGCAGAAAGGCAGAAGGGUAUUAAAAGAUUGAACAAAGACAUCAGUAAUAAUAGCAUUAUAUUAAUUUGUCUCUUCCUAAGUCUGUCCGUCACCUGAUUCAAAGAAGAAAAGCAAUAAAGCUUCAUAUUGUACUUUGCCGAUUUGGACUAAAAUUACAAAUUGAAUUUUUACAUUUUUUUCAGCAAAACUACAUAAGCAAUAGGAAAAUCAGCUGGGUCCAUAUGAUUAUAAGCGUAUUUAAAAAAUCGCUUUCAAAAGUCCUCGCUGUAUUUGACAAGCAUUAUGUUAUAUUGUUUAUGAGCCAUAAUGCAGUGCCGCAGUGAAUUCCAAUUAAUCCCCGAGCCUGUGGUGUUUAGGCUACAAGCUCUGUUUACUAGUCAGCCUGACCAUGGAGAAGCAAGGCGAAAGAACGCAUUUUUUCCUGUACUGAUUUCCAUUUUUCCUAGUUGCUGCAAAAGGCAUCAUAAAUUAAUCCCUUGUGGAGAGUAAAGGGCCCCUGCUUGCUGCCAACAUUGUAGCUCACCUGUGCAAGCCAUCAUCUCACUAAGCUCACCAAUCUGGGGAUUGGUAGUCCAGAUGCACCGGAAUUAGAAUCAUUUCAACAUUCGAAGUUCCUCCCACAGAAACUGCCAAUGUGGGCAAGAAGGCUCUUUCUGAAACUUUCAAAGGAUUUCUAUUUACAAGUGUUAGAGCAUGCUGGGAAGAGCGAGUCCAGACCCCAGUUGCACAGCCAAACUUGGACUUCAUUGGUGUUAGGCCGAAUCCACCUGAUGCCUAGACAAUUUAACAGUGGGCGUGGUCCUCACAAUGUAUACACAGCAAAGCUCAUAACGAAAAGCUGAGGGAUUGAGUGUUGUUACUAUAGUUUCUGCGACAAUUAAGACAGUUGAGUAAACUUAGCUGAAAUUGCUUUUCUUCCCAAUUUUCCAGUUGAAUGACAUUUCCAAAUUUAAAGUAGCCAAAUAUAAAAUAAUCCGCUUCUAAAAAGGCUUCCCUGACCUAGUCAUCUCUGUGUGGUUUAUUUACAUCCACAGAAACUAAGAGACAACUGUCCAAAAGGAGUCUGCCAUGGCUCCUGUCCGUACACUUACAUGUGUCCGUCUGCAGCUCCAUUGUUUCCUCUUUGGUGUGAUCAACUUAUUUGACAAAUGAUGCAGAAGCCUGUUGUUUUUGUGCUGGUGGGAAGACUGCCUUUUCAUAGACACCCAAACACUAUUAUCACAGAAGUGAGGAGACAUUUAGUAUUCAUCUACAGAUCCCUUCUUCUAUAUGCAAAUAACACUGUCUUAUAAACCCAACUCUAAAUAUCCUAAGUGGCCCAAUAGAAUUAAAAGGAGUCUUGAGAAUUAAAACAGUCCAGUUCUCCAUCCUGCUGCUGAAUGGCCAUGUGACUCUCACUGAGUGAAUUUGUUUCCUCAACCCGUCUCCUCAACUUUAGACAGAUAGAAUUUGAGGGCACCAUCUCACCGAAAACAAUUUUUAAAUAUGCUAGAAAAAAAUGGAAAGGAAAUAACAUAUCAAAAGUAGAAUGGAAAUAAAAAUCCUCUUGUGUAUGUAUUUUAGGAUGGCUCUGUGUGUCUCCUAAACACACUGCAUCUUUAAGAUAAGUGGGAUUGCAUUGCUCUGCCAGCACUUCAGCGAAAGGCCCUCUGUGGACAGAGAAAAGAAUCCAGUCAGACAACACAACAUCAAGAGUGAGGGGAAGCUCACACAAAUGAACAUAGGCAAAUUGUUCCAAACACUGAUGCUGCAGAAGUGGGUCAUCCUCAACUUUGGGGAACUAUAUAUUAAAUCAAAACACACACAGACAGACAGACAGAGACAGGCAGGUGGACAGAUGGAUGGAUGGACAGACAGGAGGAAUGUACAUAGACAGUUCUUGGAAGCAUAGAAUUAAUUACACACAAAUUGGUAAAGGAGAAACAAACAGGACAUGGUAUGAGGUAGGACCCAAGUCUGAAAGCAGAACCUAAGAAUGCUGGGAAAGAUAGAGAAAAGGGACAGCAUGCAUUUGUUUUCCAUCACCUUGCCUUCUCCGUUUUUGCUUUGUCAAGCUUGAGAUGAGCCAACCUUUCAGCAUUUGAGUACCAAGUUGACUUCUAAUUUAUAAUGCAGCAGGACCCUUGGGGCUGCAUGACUUUUAACUUCAGGAUCCCGAUGUUUCAUUGAAUAAAUCAAGUGUCCUAAUCCAAGUAGUUUAUAAGUAGCAGCAUUUCAAAUUCAGGCAUUGGAGGAAUGUAGACAGUACAGUUUUUCCUAUCUUAUUUUGCUCCCUUUCCCCAAUUUUUCACCAUUGAAACAAAAGACAGCACUGAGGGAAAACUAUGCCUGCUUAGAUGCUACUUGAAUUUCUAAAGACCAUUGCAGAGUCUACUCCCAACUCAAGACAAGGCAGAAAAAAAAAAUGGAAAUCUUAGAAGAAGCCUGAGGGAAUGGUGAAGAGAAGUACCUUUAUUAGCUUUGCUAAGGAGAGUUUAGAAAGUGGUAAGACG